GUACGACCAAGAAAUUUUGUUUUUAUUUUUGAACUCCUGGCUAUGUAUCCAAGAUGCAUCGCAGCUUUUCCAAGAAAUGGCUGAGCACCGCCCUCCGCACAACUGAGAGGUCCUCAUCUCUGGAGCUGCCUGUGUUCUUAUGUCCAGCUAUUGCGCCGUCUCACUCGAGGCCUACAGUAGCUGGUGGCCAUGUACCUUCUGGACGGUUGCUAUGGAGGGCCCCGGUUCGCGGCUUGCACGUGCAGGCAGAGGCCUCAGCAGCCACAACAUCUUCUGGCCACGAAGCUCGUGACUUCAAGCCAGUGAGGAAACUCCCCGCGCAGUGUACGGGAUGUGGCGCUUUGUCUCAAACCGCUCAUCCUGAGCACCCGGGAUACUAUGACCUAGGAAGAAAGGUUGUCAGCAGGUAUGUUGGCCUGGAACAACCUCAAUCGCGAAGGCGCCAAGAUGCAGAGCGCCAAGAAGAGGCUGUCUUCCAGAGGACCAUCAGCUCUGUCGACCCGGCAGAUUUGGAAAGACUGGGCGUCGAUGUAGACGACAUUGCCCCGACCUUGACACCCCCUGAGCCGGAACCGCCAAGGCGAGAGAUGCCGCUCAAGGUACCCUUGUGUGAUAGAUGCCACAAUCUGAUGCACCACCAAACUGGCGUCUCUAUAUACCACCCAACUAUCGACUCCAUCAAGGAAACGCUUGAGGAGUCUCCCUACAAGUACAACCAUGUGUAUCAUGUUCUCGACGCUGCCGACUUCCCCAUGUCUCUACUGCCCAAAAUCCACUCGCUCUUACAUCUUAUGCCACUGCGGUCCAAAAACCGACGGUCAACGGCGGGCAGGUUCUUUCACGGCCAGAAGACGGAAAUGAGUUUCAUCAUCACGAGGGCAGAUCUCCUAGCGCCCACGAAGCCUCAAGUCGAUCGACUGGUUCCUUACUUCAGGGAGGUUCUGCGCGAUGCUCUCGGCCGGGCAGGUGCAGAUCUUCGACUGGGAAACAUCAGGUGUGUGAGCGCCAAGCGAAGCUGGUGGACAAAGGAGUUGAAGGAGGAUAUCUGGAAACGCGGAGGGGCCGGCUGGAUGGUCGGAAAAGUUAAUGUCGGAAAGAGUCAGCUCUUCGAGGCUGUCUUCCCCAAAGGACGAAUGGAUUGGGACCCAUCAGGUCAUCAGAUCACGGUUGACAUGUACGCCAAGGAGGACACUAAGAAGCCAAGGUCUGGCAAUGCCGCUUUGAAGAUCGACGACGAUGACGACGGCGUGAUCGCGAAGCUGGAAGCAGACGGUACAAAUGAACUCUCUCUACUACCACCAGCGCCCCCGGAGACUCAGUACCCUGACAUGCCGCUUGUUUCCGAUCUGCCUGGAACCACUGCAUCGCCAAUCCGCGUACCGUUUGGAAACGGCAGAGGAGAGCUCAUCGACUUGCCCGGUCUAGAGCGGACUGGCCUGGAGAAAUACGUCAAGGACGAGCACCGAACCUCGUUAGUCAUGCGCGCGCGCACGAUCCCAGAGCAGAUGGUACUGAAACAGGGUCAGUCACUGCUUCUCGGUGGUCUCAUCCGCAUCACGCCGCGCGUACCGGGCCCCAUCGUAAUGAGCUACGCAUUCACCCCCAUUGAGCCCCAUCUCACGAGGACCGAGAAAGCGGUCGAGAUCCAGUCACAGACCAGCAGCCUCAACGUCGACACCAUCGCCGCCCCCGGCACCGGCGAGAAGAUCAAGCACGCCGGAUCCUUCGAGCUGAAAUGGGACGUGACGAGGGAGCGUACGGGACCCAUCACAAACAAGGACGCCGUGGGCAUCAAUGUCGACCGUCUACCCUACCGGGUCCUCGCGGCCGACAUCCUGAUCGAGGGCGUGGGCUGGGUCGAGGUCGUCGCCCAGGUACGAACCAGAGAUCUCUACGCAUCGCGACCGAGCUCAGGGCCCGACGUCGAGUCCGAACCACCCCAGGCAGGAACGACGGCGCUGGAGCGACUCGACGCCUUGGCGGACGGACCCAAACCAUCGAAACCGCGGCCGCUGCCCGAGCAGCGGCGACAGGAGGGCGAGCUCAACUGGCCCGUCGUAGACGUGUAUAGCCCCGAGGGCAAGUUUGUCGGCUGCCGGCGGCCCAUGAACGGAUGGCUGAUGAACAAGCCCAAGAACACAGCCGCCUCGCAAAAGUCGCGGCCGAGGAAGAGCAUGAAGGGCGCGAAGAAGCUCGACAAGCACCGGCGGAGGGAAAAGGAAGCCGCCGGCGCGAGCUUUUAAUCAUGUUGCGAGUGAUGGCCACGGAAGGUGUUGGAGUCUUGUGUGUGUGUGUAUUAUACGAUGUACCCCCGAAUGUAUAAUUAUUUGGACUCAUGAGUCCCACCCAGGCCUGUGGGUAUACGGGUCGAGGGUUUUUUUGCUUUGAGUCUCUCUACGCGAGAUUCUAGUAGGACGGGAAUGGUAUACCCAAGGGCAAUUCGAAAUUAUUCGGCAUAAAAGGGAAACAAAGGGAGAUAGAUGGAAGGCGAAUAUCUCCUGUACAAGAACAGGUCGUUCCAACCAGUGUAUGUAAAAUAGCAAAUCUUGAUACCCCUUGUAUAAGACAAACUCUACUCAUCCGAAAA